AUGACGGGCAAAAAACGGCAGGCAUCACCAAAAAAGAAUGCAGAUCUUGAGAAUUUAAUUCAUCAGCGAUUGCAAAUUAAAAACAAUAUAAUUCGAAUUAAAACGGGUCUAGAAGAAAAAACUUUAUCGUUUAAUCCAAUCGAAUUAGAAUGUCGAUUAGAUAUUUUAAAUUCAUAUAUUGACGAAUUAAUGAAUUGUCAGUCGGAAAUAGAAUCCAUUGAUCGAAAUGAUGAUUCCCGCGGUGAAUUGGAAGACAUUUGUGUUGGUGCAAAAGCACUACUAAUUUCACAUGUCAAUAAAAGACGAAAGUCGAGUGCAGUUGACUAUUCCUUUAGCAACCCACACCAUUCACGACUUCCAAAAAUGUCUUUGCCUAAAUUCAGCGGAAAAUACUCCGAGUAUAAAAAUUUCAUUAGCCUUUUCGAAAGUUUAGUAGACAACGAUCCAAUGCUUCCGGAUAUUGAAAAGUUCAAUCAUUUAAUUUCCUGUUUAUCAGGUGCAGCUUUAGGAACAGUUAAGGCUUUCCAAAUUACAGAACAAAACUAUCCGAAAGCAUUAGCGAGUUUAAAGAAAGUCUACGAUAAUAAUUGUUUAAUCUUUUUCGACAAUGUUUCAACACUUUUCGAAUUGAAAGAAAUUUCCAAACCAUCCGCGUCUUCAUUGCGAAGCAUGAUCGAUACAGUUUCUGCAAUUUAUGAUUCGCUUCUUUCAUUGGGAGAUGAAAAGAAUAUAACAAACGCGAUCAUUAUACACUUAGUUAUGUCAAAGGUGGAUGCAAUCACAAAGUCAAAAUGGGAAGAACAAUUAGAUUUCAACACUCUUCCUUUAUGGAAAGAUUGUGAAGAAGCUCUUAAUAAAAGAUAUCAGCAUCUUUCUGCUGAAGAAGCUUCAAGUUCAAAAUUCAAGUCUUCCGAUAAGCAAUCCAAACCUAAUCAAGAUUCAAGUCGUUUUAAAAAUCAAAGAUCUUCAUUUGCUUGUGUAAACUCGCAACAAAAUAAAUCGAAAUGCAUAUAUUGCAAAUCAAACGACCAUUACAUAACGACGUGUCAAAAUUUUACUUUAUUGCCUGUCCAGCAAAGAUUCGAAUAUGCUAAAGGUGUUCCAAUUUGCAUUAACUGCCUUCGAAAAGGACACACAGUUUCGAAAUGCAAAAUGAGUCGGUGCAGCGUUUGCAAUCGAUCUCAUCAUACAUUGCUGCAUCAGUAUGAAUCAACUUUUACUAGUUUACCGACACAAGCAUCAACAAGUUUUCAAGCUAUGCAUGCCUCUGUUUCGAGUGAUAAAGUUAUUCUUGCCACUGCAAUCGUGCAAAUAAAAGGCAGUUCUGGAGAAUAUAUGCCAGCUCGAGCAUUACUUGAUUCUGGCUCUCAAUUAAACUUCAUCACAGAAGAAUUAGCCCAAAGAUUAAAACUUCGAAAAGAAGAAAAACCUCUGAAUCUGCUUGGCAUUGGAAAGGCAAGUACUACAGUAAAUAAAAAAGUACAUGCAGAAGUAAAAUCAAGACUUAAUGAUCAUUCGUUUUCUGCUGAUUAUUGGGUAAUGAACUCAAUAUCCUCGUACCAGCCGGAUCAAGCAAUAAAUACUUUGGAUUGGAAUAUUCCUUCCAACAUUCAACUAGCUGAUCCGUAUUUCAAUAAGCCACAAAAAAUUGACCUACUUAUUGGAGCAGACACAUUUUUUGAAUUGUUGUCUGUUGGUCAAAUUAAACAAGGUCCCGAAUUUCCAACUAUUCAAAAGACACUUCUUGGUUGGAUAAUAUCUGGGAAAUACCCCAAGGGUACAAAUAAAAAUACCAAGCAUUGCAAUCUGGUAUGUCAGUCUGAAGAUUUAUCAGAUUUAGACGAAAAGAUACCAAAGCUUUGGUUAUUGGAAGAAAUUCCUGGAGAAACGAAAAAAUAUUUCACUCCAGAACAACAAUUAUGUGAAAAGCACUUUGUUGAAAAUACAAAACUUUUGCCGACAGGUCGUUUUGAGGUAAAACUUCCAUUCAAAUUAUCCUCAAACUCGCUUGGAGCAUCAUUCGAAACUGCCAAACGCAGAUUUCUCGCACUUGAGCGAAAGCUAUCCAAAGAUAGCAUUUUGAGAGGCAUGUAUAUGGAUUUCAUGAAAGAAUACAUUGCGUUGGGUCAUAUGUCACCAACAAAUAAUGAAAUCCCAAAGGGCCCGCACUAUUUCAUUCCACAUCAGUGUGUUUUGCGACCGCAGAGCACAAGUACAAAGUUGAGAGUUGUUUUCGACGCCUCAAGUCGAACAUCUACUCAACUAUCACUGAAUGACACCUUGAUGGUUGGGCCAACUAUUCAAGAGGAGCUAUUUUCGACGUUGCUCCGUUUUCGUACACAUAAAUAUGCCAUUACGGCUGAUAUUACGAAAAUGUACCGGCAAGUUCUUGUUGCUGAAGAGCACACGAAAUACCAGCUCAUAGUGUGGAGGCAGCAUCCGUCACAACCACUGCAAAUCUUUCGAUUAAACACUGUAACGUAUGGUACGUCUCCGGCGCCAUUUUUGGCGAUACGGUGUUUAAAGAUGUUGGGCGAUGCUAACGAGUCUUCUUUCCCUACGGGGUCAGAUGUUAUUCGAAGAGAUUUUUACGUUGAUGAUCUCUUAACUGGUGCCGAUAAUCUCGAAACACUUAAAAUAAUGAAAUUCGAGAUUCAAGAAAUCCUUACAAAAGGAGGGUUUCAAUUAGCCAAAUGGUUCUCAAAUCAUCCAGAGUAUCUAAAUACUGAGAGUUCUGAAAAAUCAAUAAAUUUUAAUGUUUCAGACUACACAAAAACUCUGGGAAUUUGUUGGCACCCUAAAGAAGAUACAUUUAGCUUCAAUUUAGACAAUAAUUUCCAUGAUCUACGAGCUACUAAGAGAAACAUACUAUCAGUUUCCGCUCGUCUUUUCGAUCCUCUUGGUUUGUUAUGCCCCAUAUUAACCAAAGCAAAAAUCUUAUUACAAGAGCUUUGGAUAGCAAAAAUUGAUUGGGAUGAGUCGAUUCCAUUGCGCCUUGAUACCAGUUGGCAAAAUUUUAAAGCUAAUUUAUCUCAACUUGGCGAGAUAAAACUACCAAGAUUUGUCGAAACUCAUUCGAACGCAAAAAUUCAAGUUCAUGGGUUUGCCGAUGCUUCGACGAGAGCUUACGGUUGUUGUAUUUACAUCCGAAGCCAAAGCACGGCCGGUAUCAAGUCGACGCUAUUAACUGCAAAGUCUAGGGUGGCCCCUUUGAAAACAAAAUCGAUCCCUCGAUUAGAACUUUGCGCAGCGCAUACUCUUGGUAAGUUAUGGACAAGAGUAGAGGCAAUGUUGAGUCUUGACGUUGAACAAGUUAUUUUUUGGACCGAUUCCGAAAUAACUUUGCAUUGGAUAAAAACACAUCCAUCUACGCUUACAACUUUUGUAGCAAAUCGAGUGUCCGACAUCCAAGAGUGGACACAAAAAGUAUCAUGGAGACAUGUACCAACAAAACAAAAUCCAGCAGACAUUUUGUCAAGAGGCUGUAAUGUUGAAGAAAUCAAUGCGUCAAUAUGGUUCAAAGGUCCACAGUUCUUAUUGAACGAACAAUCAUCGUGGCCGGUCAAUUCGCAUUUUGAGUUGUCUUCAGAAGAUGAAGCCUUAGAAAAACGUAAAACAAAUAUGGUUCUAAUAGCAGUAGAAAAACCUCGAACUAAACUUCUAGAUUUUAUAGAAGAAGAAUCCUCAUAUACCGACCUUAUAACUACAUUUGCUUAUAUAAUGCGAUUCUUUAAAAUAUCAAAAAAUAAAACAGAGAAAAUAUUUGAAGAAUUGCCAACGGCAAAAGAAAGAAACUUGGCGUUUCUAAGAAUAGUCGAAAUCGUCCAAAGUUAUGAAUUUCCAGAAGAAAUUGAAAAACUUCGUAGGAAAAUAACUCUUCAAAAUAGUAUUCAAAAACUAAAUCCGUUUAUUCAUGACUUUCAAGAAAACGAAUUUUCAUUUUCGCUGAUUCGUGUAGGUGGUCGUCUUUUGAACGCCCCAAUUGAAUAUGAUGCAAAAUUCCCACUUUUGUUAACCAAAAAUUCACCAUUUGUAAAAACGUACUUAACGUAUUUGCACCGAAAAAAUUGCCAUGCUGGACCUCAAGCUAUGGUGGCAUUGCUUCGAGAAAAGAUUUGGCUAAUAAAUGCCAAAGAAGCUUGCCAAAAGGUUGUGCGACAAUGUAUCAAUUGUUUUAAGUACAAACCGAAAUUACUUACCCAAAUCAUGGGUAAUCUACCUGCGGAUCGAUUGCGAGCGCAACGACCGUUUUUAGUAUGUGGAGUAGAUUUCUGUGGCCCGGUAAAUACCACUCUUAAAAUUCGUGGCCGGCCGCCGAAUAAAACUUAUAUUUGCGUUUUUGUUUAUCUGUCGCCGAGGGAUUCCGAAGACGAUGUAUUGCGACAACGGGACGAACUUCGUCGGAGCUCAGACGAUCCUGAGGGAAAUUCGAGAGCAGAUGGAAGAAGGCGCAGAAGCUGUUCAACGGUACGCAGCAGAGGAAGGCUUCAGCUUCGCCUUGAUACCGCCCAGGGCACCGCAUUUCGGAGGUCUAUGGGAGGCGGCGGUCAAAGCGGCGAAAACGCUGUUACAGCGUACCGUGGCCAACGCACUCCUCACAACCGAAGAGCUGCUCACCGUGGUGAUCGAGGUAGAGGCAAUCCUCAAUUCAAGGCCAAUCGGGCCGCUAAGCGCCGACCCCAACGACGGAGAAGCCCUCACACCAGCGCAUCUGCUAAUAGGCAGCAGCUUACGAUCGCUGCCCCCAGAACCAGUGCCGGAACGGCAAACGGGCUGCUUGAAAAGAUGGCAGCUUCUAUGCUGGCUCAAGCAGCAGUUCUGGCAGAAGUGGUCCAGGGAGUAUCUGCUUGGCCUACAAGUGCGAUCCAAGUGGGUACUGGAGCAGCCCAAUCUCGUCGUGGGCAAACUCGUCCUUAUCCACGAGGACAACUCACCACCUCAGCGGUGGAAAACAGGACGAGUUAUAGGGGUCGUCGAAGGGCAGGACGGCAAGGUCAGGGUCGCCGACGUCAAAACGUCCAACGGCGUGCUUAG